AUGUGUUUACACUUCAAGCACAGGCACGCGAAGCAACCGCUCUACACGCUACAGCUCGAUCUCGGAAAAGCCACAAGGGCUUUCCAACAACCCCUACAGCAACAGCCUCUACAGCAACAGCCUCUACAGCAAGAGCCUCUAAAGCAACAGCCUCUACAGCAACAACAGCUUCAGCAGCAACGACAGCCUCAACAGUCAGGUCAGCAACAACAGUCUCAACAGUUCUGUCAGCACCAACCGCCUCAACAGCCACGUCAGCAGCAACCGCCUCAACAGCCACGUCAGCAACUUCAAUGGCAUCAACUAAAUGUACAGCCUCCAGUCGCACAACAAGCAAAAAAUGGACCAAACAUAGAAAUAUGGCAAGAAUUACAGAAGCUGCGACAAUUAUAUUAUGAAGAUAACAAUGGAGAAAUGAGAAACAGAAUAGAGCAUUUAGACAUAAAUGAGUGUUACGUCCUGAGCAAAGAACGUAUUGUAGUAGCGGCAGAUCGGAAAGAAAGAGAAUGCGGAAACCUCGACGCCGAGAAGGCGCUCGUUGGAGUUCCGCAAGGAGGUGAUUUCGGCGUCGCCGUGGUUGGCGCUGCAGAAAUCCAGGCGAGGAGUUAG